AAUGAGAAAAUGGGAACAACUAACACUACAACAACUAAUUUACUACUAGUAUUUUCCUUUUACUAUUAAAAUUUUUUGUUUGAAAAAGAAAAUGAAAAUUAUACUCACCAUAGAACACACCAACCACGGCGGCCACUAUAUAUAAAGUUGCCCAUUUUCAAUUUGCAACCAUACACUCUGCCCACAAACCAUUUCUUUCCAGUUCCUAACCAUUAUAAAAAAAAUUAAGUUUGAGAUAUGGGGUCCGAAACCGAUAUAAAUCUGAACCGCGAUCUUGUACAUGUGUUCAUGAUCUCGUUCCCUGGUCAGGGCCACAUUAAUCCACUCCUUAGGCUUGGCAAGAGAAUUGCCUCUAAAGGUUUUUUAGUCACCUUCACCACCACCGAGAAUCUCGGUCAGGGGAUCCGAGGUUCUAAUGAUUCCGUCUCGGAUCAACCCAUGGCCAUCGGGGACGGGUUCAUCCGAUUCGAGUUCUUUGAUGAUGAGUGGCCUGAUGGCGACCCGAGGAAGCACGACAUGGAUCAAUACCUCCCACAACUCGAAGUCGUGGGUCGCCGUUGGGUGCCUGAGAGGCUAGUGGCAUUAGCCCAAGAAGGCCAGCCCGUUUCUUGCCUCAUCAAUAACCCGUUUAUUCCAUGGGUGUCUGAUGUGGCUGAGGAACUCGAGCUGCCUAGUGCUAUGCUGUGGCCACAAUCAUGCGCUUGUUUCCUCUCUUAUUAUUACUUCCAUCACAACUUGAUUUCUUUUCCUACCGACAACGACCCCGAAAUCGACACCGAAGUUCCAACUUUACCCCUACUAAAAUGGGACGAGAUCCCCACCUUCCUCCACCCAACUACGCCAUACGCCUUUCUAAAAAGGGCAAUAUUGGCACAAUACAAUAACUUGUCCAAGCCAUUUUGUAUCCUCAUGGAUACUUUCUAUGAGCUGGAGAAGUCCACGGUGGAUCACACCGUCGAGCUUUUAGCUCCAACCCCGAUCAGGACCAUCGGGCCACUCUUCAAGAAGUGCAUCCCUGGUGGGGCUCGAGUCCGUGCUGACCCGCUUAGGCCCAAUCAGGAGUGCUUGAAGUGGCUCGAUGGGAAGGCAGAUGGAUCGGUGGUGUACAUAUCAUUUGGAACUAUUGUAUUCCCACCGCAACAACAGAUUGACGAGAUUGCAGCGGGAAUUGAGGCGGCCGGGAUAUCGUUCUUGUGGGUGAUGAAACCGCCUUCAAAGGAGUCGAAGCUCAGCCCGCAUACUUUACCCGAUGGGUUCUUGGAAAGAAUUGGCGAUAAUGGCAAGGUGGUCAACUUUGCUCCACAAGAGCAAGUACUAGGACACCCAGCCGUAUCAUGUUUUAUGACUCACUGUGGAUGGAAUUCGACAAUGGAGGCAAUUUCCUGUGGAGUACCGGUGGUAGCGUUCCCUUCAUGGGGUGACCAAGUGACGGACGCUAAAUUCCUUUGCGAUGUUUUCAAAACCGGAAUACAACUCACUAGGGGUGAACACGAGAAAAGGAUAAUCUCAAAGGACGAAGUAGAAAAGUGUUUAAGGGAAGCCACUUCGGGCCCUAAGGCAGAUGAGAUGAAGGAAAACGCGCUUAAAUGGAAGACUUUAGCCGAUAAAGCGAUAGCUGAUGGUGGAUCAUCGGACAAGAAUUUCGAUCUUUUUAUUGAUCAAGUGCAAAAGAGGGGCGAAAUCGUUCUUGCUAAUGCUAAGAAGCUUGCUAAUGGUUUACUUACUAAACAAAAUGGACAUUGAUUAGUCUCCAAUGUUAACUUGUUUUUUUCCCUAUACUUUUGCACAUUUUUUGGACCAAUUUGGAAAUCUUUAUACUUUAGUCCAGCUCUAUAGGAAGGUUCUUUACUUCCGAGAAAAUCAUUUCAUCAAAUUCGUGAAGCGCGUGAGCAAUAACUGGAGAAAUAUAUGGUCUCCUCUUUAUUUAUUUAUUUAUUUAUUUUUCUUUUGAUUUGUAUGUUCCACUAUUGUAAUGUGUAAAGUUGUCCAAUAUCGUUAAAUUAAUUAAUUAAUUUAUUCAGUUUGUUCUUCUUCAA